AUUCAGAAAACCUAUUUUGUUGCAGAAUUGACCCAAGUUUUGUCUUGUCUCACACACUGUGUUGCUUAUGGAGUCAGCGUGAGAUUAAAACAUGCAUUUUCAACGUUUGCACGAACGGGAUUUGUUCCUCCCACUGCCGAUUCGCCAACAACUACAACUCCCAGGGUUCUUUGCGCGUUUUCCAGAAUAUUGUCGAAUCUUCCGACGAGUUUGCUACGCGCAACUAUCUGCAUUUACUGCAAGCUGCGGGGACCAAACAUUGGACGCAAUUUGUGAACGCUACUUUAUUAGUUUGACCUACUGAACCAUCAUGCAUCACUUGCCCCCCACCUGCAGCCAGCUGGGUUUUCUACCAAGAAUGUGCACGUUUUCGGGGCCCACAAACCUUCCUGAAUUCGAUCUUGGAUCUACAUGUACAUCUGGCCAAUUUCAGAGUGGAACCCUGUCCAACGGAUGGGAGACGAGGUGCCUCAGGAAGCACAAGAGGAGAGUUGAUGAUGAAGGAUGCCUUGCCAAACGGAGAAGAAUAUCAGCGGAAACCGAAUUGGACCUGUCACACGUCACUGGGAGUCCCGACUGGCCUUCUCUAAACAAUUGUUCUACUUUGAGUACCCAACAAGCCAGCCAUGCUCCACCACAGCCUUGCCCAGCCACUCGCAACCUGACACCACUGCUGCCCUCUUCUUCCCCAUCCCGACCUGAGACGGCGAGCUCCUGCAUGGAGAUCGAGGCAGCUCAGAGGAGACUUCGGGAGAUUGAAAACAGAAUAACGCUGGAGGACGAUGACGAGGAUCUCGAUGUGGAGCCAGCCCAACGAAGGCCGGUGUUGGUCAUCUCGGACAGUUUGAAGGAAGGCCUGCAGCGAGGCAUCACUGACAUUCUCCCACACACAGUAGCCCAAUCUGUGUAUGUUCUAAAGAGCCAUUCCUGCAUGGAGCUGGUGUUGUGGCGGCCACCAGAGAACCCCUUCUGUCGCAGACUAAAAGGUUCCUUGCAGAAACAGAAGAAACAACAAACUGUUUUGCGACAGCCCCCCACUCCAUGUCCUUCGCCCACGCCGCACAGCACUCCCGUCGACACGCACAGCCCUCUCCUUAACUUUCCCGUCGCUGAAAGCUGUGCAGAGGAGGACAUGGAAAUGUAAGAAGGAGCAAGACUACUCAGACAUGUCAUGUUUGGGACUAACUUGCUUUCUUUAGACUUGUCGGAAUGAUCCGCUGCUUUGGUCACAUUUUGCAACUUGAGUGAAAUCUGUCACAACCUGCUUCAUAGCAAAAUUCACACAGCCUGUGUCAGGGUAGAGGAAUUGAUUCUCUUACCAAUUCUAAGCAUUUGCCAAAGUCUAGUAAAUUGUUUACAUUACACCGGCAGGUGUAUUUUGAUGAUCUUUUUUUUUUUUUUUUUUUGCUUUUUGGUAAUCUGCAGAGCACAACCCCUGAUUUUUGUUCCCUUUUGCCGUCAUAAAUAGGAACAUGAUUCCUCCCAAUGCUAAUAUACAUGACCUUGUACUUGUGGUUGAAGGAUCAUAUUUCUAUAUUGCUUAGCAAAUGUGCUAUUCGAGUUUACGAAAUCUUGGAAAUUUCUCUUUUGAUUGGAUUUGUGUUUUUCUGCAUGCUCGCAGCACUGAGACAUUUUUCCUUUGUAUUUGUUUUCGAGUAAAAUGAUGCUUCGUUCUUUUGUUGAAAACGUGUGCUGUACGUGUGGAAAAAUCAACCAUCCUCUGAUACGUGACACUAAUCCGGAUUCUGGUUCAUAUAGAUGACAAAAUGUUUAUUGCAGAAGUUGAAUGUAUCUUUGUGUGGUUUAGCCUUUACAACUUAACAUGAUGUAACAUUUAUGAGCAUAUAAGGGAUUCCCACAAAGAAGAGCUUUAUGAGAUUUCAGUGAAAUCUGUAAACCUCUGCAAUGUUAAACCAUAAAACCUCAACACGGAGGAAAGUUCAAAAGAUGACUAAA